GAAACGAAACCCCUCGAAAAAGGAAACCUCCCACAAAAAGCGUCAAUCUUUCCGGUCCAAUUUCGCCGGAAAACCCGGGGGAGUCGCCUUAUAGAGCUUCUGAUGCUUCCCACAUCCGAUUCCCCGCCGCCGGAACCCCAAUUUCUAAAAAGACCCAAAACCCCGGAUUACACAGACCGCAAGAACCCUCUAUACUCGGUCCACAUCUACACCUCUACCCAUCCUCGAACAUGGCUCUUACUCAGCAUUCUCUUCCUCCAGCUUUUUCUUCUCUUCAUGCUUCGUUCUGUCCCCGUCUCUAUUUCUUUCCGGUACUUCUCCUCUCAGGACACUACCACCACCGCCACAGUAGCCGACGUCUCAAGUUACGCAUGUGAUAAUGGUAAGGUUUAUGUUUAUGAUCUCCCCACUAUGUUUAAUACAGAACUUACCGAGAAUUGCGAACGGUUGAAUCCUUGGCACUCUCGAUGCGACGCACUUUCCAACGAUGGUUUCGGCCGGAGAGCAACGGCACUCACUGGAAUCGUGCCGGAGAAUUUGACACCAGCGUGGUACUGGACUGACCAGUUUGCCUCGGAGAUCAUCUUUCACAAUCGGAUGUUCGCCCACCACUGUCGAACCCUAGACCCCGAAUCUGCAACAGCAUUCUACGUACCGUUCUACGCCGGACUCGCUGUCGGUAAGUAUCUGUGGUCCAAUUACAGCGCUCGCGACCGUGAUUUCCAUUGUGAGAUGUUGUUGAAGUGGGUCCAAGAGCAACCGUUCUGGAGGAGGUCGAACGGCUGGGAUCACUUCAUCAUGCUGGGUCGCAUCAGCUGGGACUUCCGACGGUCCAAGGACGAGGAUUGGGGGUCCAGCUUCAUCUACAUGCCCGCGAUGAAGAACGUUACACGGCUCUUGAUCGAACGGAACCAGUGGGACUACUUCGACGUCGGAGUUCCGUAUCCCACUGGAUUCCAUCCGAGAACGGACUCGGACGUACGGCAGUGGCAGGAUUACGUACGGACACGCAACCGUGGGACACUCUUCUGCUUCGCCGGAGCUACACGUGGCGUAUUCAAGGACGACUUCAGGGGACUGUUGUUAAGACACUGCCGUAGCGAGUCGGGCUCGUGCAAGAUCGUGGACUGCGCCGGGAGUCGCUGCUCGAACGGCACUUCGGCGAUCCUCGAGACGUUCCUGAACUCGGAAUUCUGUUUACAGCCCCGAGGGGAUAGCUUCACGAGACGUUCCAUAUUCGACUGUAUGGUGGCCGGUUCAAUCCCGGUCUUUUUCUGGAAGAGGACGGCUUAUUAUCAGUACGAGUGGUUCCUGCCAGGCGAACCGGAGAGCUACUCGGUGUACAUAGACCGGAACGAGGUGAAGAACGGGACGUCCAUUAGAGAAGUGCUUGAAGGGUUUAGCAAAGAAGAAAAAAGGAGAAUGAGAGAGAAGAUCAUCGAUUACAUACCCAGGUUUGUUUACGCAGAGCCUAAAGAGGGGCUGGAGAGUAUCAAGGAUGCAUUUGAUGUUGCUCUUGAUGGGGUGUUAAAAAGAUUCAGGGAGCAAACCAGAUGGAAAUAAUCAAAUAAAUGCUAGGAAAUUUGAGAAUUAAAAGACUGAGAAGCCAAUAAACUAUUUAUUUUGUGCGAGUCCGAGAGGUGAGAGAUGAUAUAUAUUUACAAAAAGAGAAAGAUUAAGAUUAUAAUUUAGAAUAGUUUGGGAGAAAAUUAGAUAGAAUUUUGGAUCGAUUUCAUGGCAUGCAUGGCAGAACUCAGAAGGUAAGGUGGGUGGGAUAUUGAAGGAAGGUAGUUAAAUUUAGUUAUUUUACAGUUUUUAUGAUGCCACGUGGGAUUACAUAUGCAGGCAAUGUUUUAUAUAUAUAUAUAUAUAUAUAUAUUUUAUAUAUAUUUUGGAA